UCAACGGCAAGAUAAAUUAGGAGUGCGAAAUUGAACGCGCAUUGUACAAUCUCGCAGUUUGAGAUUCGGCUUCGAUCCCGACAUUUUUUCUUCCGUUGUUGACAGUUGAAAAAGGCUAGGAGUAAAAGGCAAUUAAGAAAGUGAGGAAAUAGAGGAAGAAAGUAGCAUUGGAUAAGACAGAGCCGGCAAAAGAAAAAAGUUAAAGAGGCGCAGAUCAUCAUGUCUGCUGAUAGUGCCAAUGAUUUUUUUUGGCAGGCUAUGUCAUCGAGCGACAGUAAUGGUGAUCUUCAAUUGCAACGAACGGCAUUUGAUAAUUUUGUAUCACAGGGAAAUGAAGAUUCAUCACAAAUGCAACUUCACAUUCAAUCGGAGUCCUCUCCAUCACCUACGUCAAUAAUUGCAACAAGCGGAGAAAAUGCCAAUAACAAUAAUAGGUUGAGUACGUCAAGUAGUCCAACCAGCCAACAAGCUUUGUAUACCACGGUAAACUCAGAUGCUGGUAGUCCAACCAAUACACAACAAGGCUUGCUGCCAUAUGGUGUCAUAAAUCCAGAUGCCAUCAUUCCACAAAGCCGUAGUUACACAUGUAGGAUAUGUCAGGUAACAUUUCCGAAUAAAAGUGCUGUCACUGUACACUCAAGAAUUCACACAGAUCAUGAAGGAAAGCCAUACAGGUGUAGUUUUUGCGGAAAAGGUUUUUCUACCAAUUUCUACCUUAAACAACACGAAAGAAUCCACAAUGGCCAAAAACCUUAUAAAUGUCCAAUGUGCGAACAUUCGUUUAAACAACUAUCGCACGUACAACAGCAUGUUAGAACUCACACGGGAGUGCGACCUUAUAAAUGUCAUUGGCCCGAUUGUGGAAAGGCUUUCCUUCAGCAAUCUCAUCUCAAGAGCCACGUUGAAAGACAUUCCCCGAAACCUAGCAAUGGAGUUCGUCCAUACAAAUGUCAUUGGCCAGAAUGUGGCAAAUCCUUUGCUCAAAUUUCCAGUCUGAAAGCACACGUCGCGAGACACGCUCCGAAGACCCAGAAGCGAAAGAGCUCAAACGAUACGAAAAUUCAACAAGAACCAGAAAUACCUGUUGUCGAAAAUCAGGUUCACAAAGAAAACAUUGAAGAUAAUAUGGAUCCCGGAUGCUUUAGUCUUGUGUCAAUGCCUCCUGAUGUUAUAGGACAAGCUGCAGCCGCAGCAAACAUUGUCCCUGUUCCUGUUCAUUAUGAAAGUAUAUGUCCUUUCCUCUGCCCGGGCUGCUCAAAACUUUAUGUGCGUGAGGCAACUUUUAAAAAGCACUUGGAAGAAUGCAAGACAAAAUUGCAGUUGUCCAUUUCUGCCACAGCUGCCGCUUUAGGUAUCGAUCCACCCCAUUGCCCCCACCCAAUUCCCAAUCAUCGCCAGGCUUCCAGUCAAAUACUGAAAUUGUUGUUAAUGCCUAUGGAUGUAAACCUUAAUAACGAAGCAGCUCCCCCCCGCUCCUAAAAAGAGCAGAAAGAACCAGAAACCACGUAGCGUAGCCAAAAUAGAACUACAACAGCAACAACAAUUUGUCGACCAGACAGAACAACAGGAACAAAUUCUUGUUGAAAUGCCUCUGGAUGUAAAUCUUGAUCACUGUAGUUCCCAGCUGACGGAAGGUUCGCUGGGUGACAACAAUGUAAAACAAGAAGUAUUAAGUAUCCCUCUUGACGGCUCUACCACAGGAGAUGUUAUGCUUAAAUUGCCACAGCAAGCCUUGAGUGUUGCCGCCUCAGCGAAUGACAAUAGUAAUGAUGCAAACGGA